AUGACAAUGGUUAUGUCAUUAGAAUAUAUUUUUGCAUGUUCAACACACUUGAUUUUUAAUGGUUAUUUACUUAUUUAUCAUUAUACCAAUUCUAAAGUACAUGUUCCUACCUGUUCAAAACUUAGUGGAUUCAAUAUGAAUAUCAAACAUUUUCCAAUUGUAACACCAUUAUAUUUUAGUAUUUUUCGUUUUUACAAAAUUUUACUUAAUAGAAAUCCUCAUAUUAUUAUUAUAAUAAUAGUAAUGUUAAUAACAUUAGGACCAAUUUUUUAUAUUAUGAUUGGACAAUUUUUUGAAAUAAAAGUUUAUUAUUUACCAAAAGAUGGUUGUGGAUAUGAAAUUUUUAGUGGAUUACCAUUUUAUGAAAAAAUUGUAUAUCUUAAUUUAUUUUUAAUAUUUUUUGUUCCUUUUUUAUCACUUUUGAUUAAUUAUACAAUUUAUAGAAAUGUUGUUAAAAAAACAAUAAAAUCAAAUAAUGUUAAGUUGACUGAGAAUAAAGCAUUAUUUUAUGGAAUAGCAAUACAAAGUAUCUUUCCAUUUCUUUGUCAAAUACCAGCAAUAUUAUUUAUUUUUUAUUUUGCUGCAAGUUAG